AUGCUCUCAGAUGAUGAUUCGGAUAUUUCUGGUGGUAAUGAUCUUCACCAGCUGACGGUCAACGAGCACUACGCCAAGGCUUUCGAGUAUCGAAAAGAGAGGGAAGAGCUAGCAAAGCUCAAAGAAAAGUAUGGUUCGGAUUUCGAGGAGGAUGAGUCGGACUCCGAGUCUGACGAGACCGAAGACGAAUAUGGGGAAGAGCUGACACCAGCCGUCGAUGCAGCAUUAUUAAGAACUCUCGCGAAGAUUAGGAGAAAGGACCCGGAGAUAUAUGACUCCAAAGUUGGAGUAUUCGAUGAGUUAAUGCGGCUUAGAGGAGGCCAAACGAACGCAGGGACAAAUCUGGCUCGCACUCGACCUUCAAAGGAUAAGUCCAAACCCCUCACUAUUAAACAACAAAAUCUCGCCGCACUUCUCGAAUCGGGCUCACGACCUACCUCCCCAACCUCUGAUCCGGCUCCGUUAACCCAUGUGCAGGAACAAGCGGCCCUUCGAGACGAGACAAUAUCUGCAUUCCAUAACGCUGUCAAAGAAGAUGAAGCCGAUGAUUUGCUUACUUUGCGCGAAGGCGUUAAAGACGAGGCCGAGCAAAGGGAGGAGGAGUACCGAGACUUUCUGCAGCGGGAGGUUGGGGAAGAUAUCAGCCAGCUGUUAUGGGUAGAGGAAGGAGGUGUCAAAAUCAAAGAAAAUGAUACCAACCUUGCUGAGGACGAUCAAGCCAAGAAAGAGGAGCGAAAGAAGAAAAGGGCCAAGCUGAAGGAGCACAAGCAAGAGACGGAUGAGGAAUUUCUCAUGAAGUAUGUAUGGUCAUCAAUCUGCCUGAUGACACCUCUAACCAAAGGCACCAGCUAUAUUCUUAAUCGAGGAUGGAUAGACAAAUCCGAAAACCGAGCACCAACUUACAAAGAAAUCGUGGGGGUAGAAUCCAAAGCAAAGUCCAAGGACGGAUUUAAGCCGGGAGAUGCGCGAGAGGACGAGGGAGAGGAUUUGGGUAAUGGUCUGCUCGAUGAGGACGAAUUUGACGAAGUUGCGGAUCACUUCGAGAGCACUUAUAAUUUCCGAUUUGAAGAGCCCAAUUCGCAUGUCAUAGCCAGUCAUCCCCGCAACGUUGCAUCCGUCCGACGAACCGACAGCUCUCGUAAAGAGGCUCGCGAAAAGAAAAAGGAACGAGAGGCCGCAAAGCUGCUUGCCAAGAAGGAAGAAGUCAAGCGCCUGAAGUCCCUGAAGAUGCGUGAAUUUAAACAAAAACUGGAAAAGAUUCGAAUUGAGGGAGGCCUUGGAAACAAGGACAAGGGGAAGCGAAAGCUUGAUGAGGAAGAAGAAGGGCCCGAGGAUUAUGGUGUACUAGGCGAGUUAGAUUUAGAUGGUGACUGGGACCCCGACCAGCACGAUGCGCAGAUGAAGUCGCUUUAUGCUGAGAACGGAGAGUACGAGGAUGACAACCAAAAGCCAACUUGGGACGAUGACAUCGACAUCAGUGACCUUAUUCCCGAAAAAUCUGAACCAGUGUCUGAAUCUCAGGCUGGAAAGAAAAAGAAAAGAAAAAAGCGGAAGGACGGCGAGGAGGAAGACAUAGGCGUGGAUCCCGACGAGAUGGACGCGGAUAUCGAACGGCCCGUACAGGAAGGGGACGACGAGGAAUGGGAUGGAACAGAAGAUAUGCGAAAGCGUGUGCUCGAAAAGUAUAUGGAAGAAAUGUACGAUCUUGACUUUAACGACAUGGUUGGGGAUAUGCCUACACGCUUCCACUACUCUCACGUCGAACCGUCUGCGUAUGGGUUAACGCCUGUGGAAAUUCUUACCGCAACAGACGCCGAGCUCAACUCAUAUGUCGGGCUGAAACGUCUCGCGCCGUACCAUAAAGACAAGUUCGACCACCGUCGGGGUGAAAAGCUCAAGGAACUCAAGAAUAGCUUGAGCACUCGUGGUGUGUACGAUGGCUGGGGUGCCCAGGGCGAGACGCAGGCCAAGAAGCGUAAAGGAAAGAAAGAGCGACAAAAAGAAAAGGCCAAGGCUGCAAUGGAUGCGACGAUCAAGCAAGAGGAGCAGGCGCAGGAAGAAGAAGGUCUAAAGAAUAAAAAGCGAAAGCGAAAGCAUAAGAAAGGCGGCGAGGCAGAGACGGCUCAAUAA